AUGUCACGCCGACUCUCCAUCUCGUCCUUCUUCAAGUCGUCGAAGACGUCGUCCAAGUUGUCAAUAGACACGUCGUCGGCGCCGCCGUCUCCGCAGUCCCCUGUGCGGAGUGAGUGCGACUCGCCGGUUUCGUACGUUGCCAUCCCUGGUGUCUCGCCCACACGGCGCUACCCUACCUUCCUCUCGUCCAGCUCGCAGUCGAGCGCAUCAGAUUAUGCGGAGGAAGUGGACGAUGACAACUUGGCUUGGGGCAAGCCCAAAAAGAACCGCCGCUCGCGGCGGUAA